AUGACUGUCUUGGAUGCUUAUCACAUCUUCGAUGAACAACAUCCUGGAGCUGUUGCAAGAUCAACUUUUAAUGCUCUUCGACCACGAGAAGUAAAAACCACAACACCACAACACCACAUGACACGUAUCGACUUUGAUUUGGAUGCUUGUUGGACAUUUACAGCUACAGAGCAUGGAAAGGGUGCCGGCGACGGCAUUGGUGCAGUACUUAAGCCCUCAGCUAGAUGUGCUACACUUUCCACGAAUAUUCUCAUGUCAAAUGCAAAAGACUUCUACGAAUUCACACAAAAACAACAACUUGAAACAGCAAGAAGAUCUAACAAAGAUAUUCCUGGUGUUCAUGGCUUCUUUCUUGAAUCAGAUGAAAUAGAAGAAGCGAAGAACAGUUAUCUGAAAGCUAGAAGCGAAAAACUUCGAACAACAGGUGAAAAAGGCUUUUACUUCUAUUUGUUUAUGUCUGUAUUGAUUUAG